AUGCUCGCUAACGAAUCGGAAUUUCGUGUUAAAGUAGCUGUUCGUGUUCGACCAUUUCUACAACGAGAAAAAAAUCAUGACCAGAAGAGUUGUGUGACCAUUCAUCCACAAACCAAUCAGAUUAUCCUUGGUGAACGAAGAACAUUUAAAUAUGACUUCGUCUUUGGACCAAAAACACUACAAGAAGAAUUGUAUCGAUCAAGUGUGGAACCUAUGCUGCAGAAUGUUUUCGACGGAUACAAUGUAACAAUAUUCGCUUAUGGACAAACGGGUUCAGGAAAGACGUAUACAAUGACAGGUGGAAAUAUCUUGUCGAUCGGUGAAAAAGACUACGGUAUUGUCCCACGAGCAGUUAAAACUAUAUUCGAUACUAUCCAAAAUCACAAAGAUCGUCAGAUCACAAUAUCUGCAUCAUAUUUAGAACUGUAUAAAGAUGAUAUUAUUGAUCUGCUCGAUGUUAAUGAUAAAGACCUUGAUGUUCGAGAUGAUGCAGCUGGUAACACAGUUGUGAUUGGUGCAAGUGAACAUCGAUGUCAAUCGGUGGAUGAUGUUGUCAGUUUGUUGAAAAAAGGUUCUAAUGUUAGACACACAGGUGCAACGCAAAUGAACGAUGAAUCAUCGCGAUCACAUGCGAUUUUCACUCUCUAUAUCGAACAACGCCAUCAUGAUAAGAAUUCGAAUUCCAAUGCUGUUCAAGCUUCGUUUGACGGCCUUCUCAAACCAUUGCAAUCAACAUUUAAUGAAAGUUAUCUCUCUGCCAAACUUCAUUUUGUUGAUUUGGCUGGUUCAGAGCGUGUUGCACGCACACAAAACACGGGCGAACGUUUUCAAGAAUCCAUACGUAUUAAUUCUGGUCUAUUGGCACUUGGAAAUGUCGUCAGUGCACUAUCUGAUCCGAAGAAACGAACCGGUGGUCACAUACCUUAUCGUGAUGCUAAAAUAACACGUUUACUCAAAGAUUCACUCGGUGGUAAUGCGAAAACAUUGAUGAUCACAUGUGUUAGUCCGUGUACUGCUGAUCUUGAUGAAUCUCUCAAUGCCCUUAAAUAUGCUCACAGGGCUAGUCAAAUUCGUAAUAAACCUAUUAAAAAUGUCGAUCCCAAUGCCCAACGUUUUAUCGAAAUGCAAAGUGAAAUAACUUAUCUUCGAGAAGAGCUGGCUCGACAACGAACGGCGAUUUCACAUGAUGGACAAUCAUUGCAUAGUCGCAAAUCAUCUUGUAGUACUGAUCAUUCGCGUCGAUUAAUUCAAACAGCAUUCGUUUGUUUUCAACAGCUAAACGAAUGUGAAGAUCUAAGUAGUGAACAAAAGCAAUGGAUACAAACGUGGAUGGAUGCAGUUACAAAUGAGAACUCCGAGGAGCUGUAUAGCGGCAUACUUACAUCUCGUGUGAUGAAUUUAGAAAGUGCAUUACAUUCGGCUAAAGAUGAAUUGAGAUCGGAAUCUCAGAUGCGUGCUAAACGUGAUGUAACAGUUGAUCGAUUACAAGAACAACUGAAACUAAAAGAAGAUGAAUUGAAUCAAAUGCGUACAGUUUUGGAUCAAUCAGAUCAUCAUCAUCGUCAUAAUCAUACAACAACAACAAAGUCAAUCCCAGAUCGAACUAAAUCAGCGCCACAUUUUAAUGGUCUUCAAAGAAGAGAACAAUCGAUUCAACCGCGUACUAUACAUUCUAGUCCAGCUGCCUUCGACAUGGAAUAUGUCGUGGAAAGAUUUCACGGUCGAUCACUUGCGUUAGCUCAUUCGCAAGAAGAAAUCGAAGAAUUAGAUCUGAGAAAUAGUGAUGAGAAAUUAAAUGACGAGAAAAAAUUUGUUCGUCGAGGUACAUAUCGUCUUCGUAAGAACCGUCUAACACCGGGUAUUUUACAGCAAGAUGACGCAUUACAAAGUUUAACACAAUCGACUACCAAUAAACAAAAAUUAAUCGAAGAAGCAGCACGAAAUGUGAAAGAAGCUGAAAACAAAGCACAUGAACUAAGCGUUAACAUUCAACUAAAAGAACAGUUGAUCAAAAGUGUCUACGCAUCAACGAAAGAGGCGAAAGAAACAAACGAUCAGUACGAGCAACACAUUAAGUUACUAGAAAAAGAAGUAGAAAAAGCCAAGCAUGAGUAUCACGACUUACAGAAGACAAUGCAACAAAUAGCGACGAAAAAUACAAACGAAAAAUCGAAAUUUGAAGCUGAAUAUCGGAAAAAAUGUGAGAUGGCCAAAACCCGACUUGAAUCUUUGCAACAAAAAGAGAAGCAAUAUCGUGAUCUUAUGUCAAAGCUAUCAGGCAAUAGCGAAAAGCGAAUUGGUGACCUUGAAUCUGCACUUUUUCGCUUGAAACAACAGUAUGAAACUGCUCAAAGGCGUAUACGUGAAGAAUCUGAGUUGAAGAACAAAUUUGAACAAGAUCUCGUGCGUGAACAACAGCGUAUACAGGAGUUAACGAUACAAAAUGAACAACAACAGAAAAUUCUUAAGCUUAAGACUGAAGGUCUCGUCGCGGCACAAAGAAAACUACGUGGAGCACCGAAUGCGAACGCUAAUGAUGGCGCAACGAACACGUUCGAAGUCGAAAUGGAAAAAUUGGUUACUGAAAGAAAAGAAAUUGAAAUCUUAAGAGAUGAUGUUAAAAAACGUGAAGAACUAGUUGAGAAAAGAGAAUUAUUGCUCAACGAACGUACUGAACUAGAAGCGAAGAAACUGCGCACAAGUCAAGUGUUGAAUAAGAGUUUAAAAUUAGUCAAUGAAAAACUGAAAGCAGUUGAUAAACAACAACCGAAUCAUCAAAUCAAUCGUGAACAAUUACUCAAACAAAGACGGCUGUUGACAGAACGUCUAGAACAGCAAGAUGCUGUCUUGACAGCCAACGAAGAGAGACGUUUAAUUGAAAUCGAUGAAGCAAUCGAAGCAAUCGACUUGGCCAUCGAUUAUCAGAACAACGUGAUCAAUAAACGCGAACGUGAUGUGCAACAAUCGAUACGUGCAAGUCAAGGACCAGAGUCGCCACUUUUCAAAAUCGGUCGAUUGAGUGAAAAUGAAUCGAAAGAACUUUGCCGUAAAUUAUUCGAGAAAGUCAUCGAUUUGAAAGAAGGAGAUAACAAAACUCAACGUGAAUUCGAAGAAAUCAAAUCUCGACUUCAGGAUCAAAAUGAAACCAUAGCUGAACUGCAAUCACGUCUACAAUCCACGACACUUGAUCAUGAUCGUCGCCUAACAUCUAUUCAACAAGCUCACGAAGAAGAAAAACAACUACUACUUAGUCAGCUGCAUGAUUCAUCGAAUCAAAUCAAAGAGCUUGAAAGAGACUUGUUCUUUUACAAACAUAAAGCAAGAGAGUUACGUAAAUCGAUGGCAACAUCGACCAAUAGUGCUUUGGAUGCAUCAGCAACCAGCAUAUCGCGACGAAAAGAAUCGACGACGAAUGAAGACGACUUUCCUGCACAGUUGCCAACACCACGAACGGCUGUACAGCAGUAUCAGUCAGCGCCAUUUCUUCUUAAAAUAGGUAGUCGGAGUACGUCAGCUCAUCAAAUACAACCGGAGGACAAUAAAAAACGCUAA